AUGGCGAGCUGGUUCGAGAAAGGCCGUCCUGCCAUUUUGGAGGCCUUGACAGCUGCGUGUAACCAGAUCGAUACGGAUCUUCGGGCUGAGCUUAAUGAGCAAGAACGAAGGCGCAAGAAUGGACUCGACGAAGAGCUCGAGUUGCUGAAGCAGCGCUCCGCGACUGUCGAUCGCCUUGAGGCAGAAAACCGCCAUCUUCGUGCCAGCUUGCUGCAGUAUCAGACAGAGUCCACACCUGCCAGCAGAGUUCCCAGAGAUGUCGCGCCUCGACCCACGAUGGCAAGCAUUACGCCCAAUCCGCGAAGCGAAUCGCCCAUGGCUACUUUGGACACGCCAUCAAAGCUGCCCAUCGAAGCCUCGGAGUCGAGAAGGUCUCUGCUUGUAAAGAGCCAUCAAUUGCAGAAGAAGUUUGAUGCCCUCGAUUCGAACUACAGGCGGCUGAUGUCGGCAUAUAACAAGAAGAAGGACGAGCUUAGCCGUCGCGAAGGGCACGUCACUCAGCUAGAAGCGAAGAUCGAGGCGUUACAGCACCAGGUUCAUAGGGCCACCAUGGCUGUACACGACGACGACGACGGCGAUGAUGCGCUUGCUUUCGAGUCGAGUAGACUGACCACCAGAGCCUCCAGUCAUGUACCGCCCAGCGCUCCGCCUAUCGAUGCGACCGCUAGUGUCAGCUUUUCUUCAGAUCCUGGAGCGGAUACGGGCUCAAGAGAGCUCAGUGUUGCCCGAGCAAUCCCACCACUGUCCCGCUCCACGACCUCCGCGAAGGCGUCCCCCGCUGAAGAAGAAUUCCCGAACUUUGCUCCAAUCUGUGCUGAGGCGGAGCUGCCGCCUUUGCCACGCCCAGCUGAUUCUGUCAAGACCUUGAAGAUUAAAGUCGAACCUUCGUCAGACGGUCCGAUACUUGUGAUGGAGCGAGCAGUGGCAAAGCGAAAGAGUGUGGCCACAACGGAGGAGCCGCCUUCGCGUCGUGUCAAGACCGAGUUCUCGCGAUCUAGUUCUAUUGCCGAUUCAGGUCAGAACCUAGGACUGCACCAAGACAGUCUUGACCUUGAUGAGGUCGGACGAAAACUGAGCACGCCGCGGAAGAACAGGUUCUUCGUCGAUGCUCUUGUAGCUGCUCCCGGACAUGCCAGCGGGUCGAGGACGCUCAACAAUGGAGUUCUGAUACGACCGGAUGAUGGCGAAUCACGAGCGACGAGGACUGUUUUGCCCUCCUCAGCAUUGACGCCCAUCAACCCCAAUGCGCGCACGAUGCGACCUUUGACAACCAAGUCUGCGGGCAAGGCUCCUACCAAAGGGCUGACACAAGGAAUAGGAUCCUUGGCAGAGGACGGCAACCUUUAUCAGAGAGCGGUUCGGAAACAGGCCAAUCGUGAUUCGGUACAAACCCCCCGAGGCGGCAGUCGUCUGAAUAGGCUUCUGAACACGCCGGGCUCAGGGGAGAAGCCAACAGUCGUGCGUUCUGCUCCUCGGCCACUGCGUUCUGGGGCUGAUACUUCCCUUGCCCAUCUCGGGGCACCCGGGCGACGGGAGCUGCCAUUCGGACGGGAGAGCGCAGGGCGGUCCUCCAAGGAAGACAGGAACAGAGCGGCUGCCACCAACCUUCAGCGACAUGUGGAGCAAGCCGAGGACAAAAGGCAGGAAGACCAAGUUCGAGGGUCGCUGCGCUUGAAACAGGCAGCAGAUCUUCGUCUGGAAGAUUUCAAGGUGAACCCCAGGUUCAACAAUGGGCAAGACUACGCCUUCUCCGAAGUUAUCCGCGGCAAAGACGACCGAGCUUGCUUGCCUGGCUGUACCGACAUGUCGUGCUGCGGCAAGCAGUUCCGCGGUCUGGCUUUAGCCCAGCGCGGAAACAGGAAUGUCGCGGAGGAUACGAAGUUGUUUGAGAGGUUUCUCGGCGAUGGCAUCAGCAGGAUAUGGAGCAUGUCCAAAGAGGAGAAGGAGGAAUUAUGGGUAGAAGCAAAAACAUGGGAGUUGGCUGAGCAGAUGGGCAAGCACCGUCACAGGUACGCGCGAAGGGCUUCGCCUCCCGGGUUCUGGAACACAGAGUUUCCGAGCACGCAGGAGGUGGAAGCAGAGAAGGCAGAAGCAGAGAAGAGGCAGAGGCAGAUGGUUGUGGAUCGAUACAGGGAGGCUAUGAGACCAGGGGGACGGUGGGUUUUCCGAGACGAAUGA